AUGCCGACAAAGACAUCGACCAUUGACAUUGAGGGUAUGACCUGCGGGUCAUGCGUUAGGACGAUUGAGGGUCAACUGCGACCCAUUCCGGGAGUAACCUCCAUCAAUGUGUCACUGGAGACGAAUUCCGCGAUUAUCGAGUUUGAUCCGCAGGUCCUGACCGAGCAGAAACUUGUAGACGCGAUUGAGGAUUGCGGCUUCGGGGCUACCCUGGCAGGUGCCGCAAAGAAGGCCUCGAACGUUACCAUAUCUGUCAAAGGAAUGACAUGCCAGUCGUGCGUCAAGACGGUCACAGCUGCGGUACGGGUGGUUCCAGGGGUUAGCCAGGUGGUAGUGAGUCUACCAACGGAGACAGCUGCGAUCGAGUACGACGAGGGCCUAGUGUCGCCAACGGACCUGAUGGCCGCUAUCGAGGAUUGCGGGUUUGAUGCAUCCAUGCCUGGGAGGACCGCGCAACCAUACGCGAUGCCGAACGAUGUCUCUUCAGGCCCAUCGCUCCGCGGAAUGACGUGCGCCAGUUGCGUUUCCAGCAUAGAAAGGCACCUACGCUCGAACAAAGCGAUCGUGUCUUGUAGAGUUGCUCUUCUGGCUGAGCGUGCCGAGGUUCAGUAUAAGGAAGAGGUGCUGGAUAAGCAGCAGGUGGCGGAGCUGAUCAACGACAUUGGCUUCGUUGCGACCGUUCUCCCUGACGAUCAGUUUGGAAAGGUGGAUCUCAAAAUCUUCGGAAUGACGUGCGGAAGCUGUUCGGGCAAGAUUGAAAGAGAGGUGUUGAAGAUGCCGGGGAUCCAAAGCGCCGCGGUCAAUCUCCUAGGCCAAACCGGGCGGUUCCAAUAUGAUACAUCUAUCAUCGGAGUCCGGAACAUCGUCGAAAAGAUCGAAGCUCUCGGAUUCGCGGCGUUCCUCUCUGAUAUGGGCUCCAACGCGCAAGCCGAGUCGUUAGAACGAACCCGCGAAAUCCAAGAAUGGAGGUCUGCCUUCUGGCGCUCUCUUGCCCUUUCCUUACCCGUCACCCUCCUCUCCAUGAUUCUUCCCAUGACAUUCCUGCGUGGGUUGCUGGAGUGGGAAGGAAUUCCGGGCCUGGCGCUAGGCGACGCUCUUAUGCUUGGUUUUACCAUACCAGUGCAAUUCGGCAUUGGGCGUCGCUUCUAUACCGCCGCGUACAAGGCUGUAUCGCAUGGAAGUUACACGAUGGAUGUCCUGAUCGUCCUAGGCACGACGGCCGCAUUUGCCUUCUCGGUUCUCUCCAUGCUGGUUGCAGUAUGCGAAAGCCAACACAAGCGCCCGCAAACGUUCUUCGAGACGAGCACCACGCUGAUCACGUUUGUCACGCUGGGACGGUUUUUGGAAAAUGUCGCGAAAGGGAAGACGUCUUCAGCUUUGAGCAAAUUGAUGUCGCUCGCUCCCGUGUCUGCUGUCCUGCUUACAACCGACCCUGAAACCGGGGAGAUUCAAGAGAAGAGCAUCCCUGCAGAAUACGUCCAAGCCGGCGAUCUCCUCAAAGUGGUCCCUGGCGAGCGUCUCCCAGCCGACGGCAUUGUCGAGUUUGGCGCAACCCAGAUCGACGAGUCGCUCGUCACCGGAGAACCAUUACCGGUCACCAAAAAAGUCAAAGACUCAGUCAUCGGCGGAACAGUCAACGGCUCCGGCGUCAUUCACAUGCGCGCCGUCCGCGUCGGCGCCGACACGACACUCGCCCAGAUUGUCAAGCUCGUCAAUGACGCCCAGACCUCCAAAGCGCCCAUCCAGGACAUCGCCGACCGUAUUGCGGGAUAUUUUGUACCCGGAGUCAUCAUCCUCGGCGCCCUCACGUUCACGAUGUGGUUCUUCAUGCUAUCGUUGACGACGUGGCGCCCGCAUCCGUUUGAGACGAGCAGCACGAUCGUGAUUUGUUUGAGUAUGUCGAUAUCGGUUAUUGUCGUGGCGUGCCCGUGCGCGCUCGGACUUGCGACGCCGACUGCGGUUAUGGUGGGAACGGGAGUUGGAGCGCAGCUGGGGAUUCUUAUCAAGGGUGGUGUUCCGCUUGAGACUGCUCAUCGGGUCACGAAGUUUGUGUUCGAUAAGACGGGCACGUUGACGAUUGGGAAGCUUAGUGUCGUCAAAGCUUUGCUGCAUCAGACGGAAUACAACGAGAUGCAGUUCUUUGGCAUUGUCGGCGCGGCAGAAGCGAACAGUGAGCAUCCGCUCGGAAAAGCUGUUGUCAAGCACGCGAAGAUGAUGUUGGGUAUCACGUCCUUCCCGCACAAAGUCACUGAGUUUGAUGCGGUUGCGGGAUCGGGAUUGAAGUGCGAGGUCAUCCCACCCAACGCGAAGAAGCCGGUGCAGGUGCUUAUCGGGAACGCCAGAUUCCUGAAGUCCCAAAAAUGCCCGCCGUUGCCGGCAGCGUUCGUCUCGGCGCAAACUCAUCACGAGUCGUCCGGCCAUACCGUCAUCUUUGUUGCCUUUAACAACGCGCCUGUAGGGCUCGUGGCCCUCGCGGACACGAUGAAACCCUCGGCAGUCCCCACCAUCCGUGCCCUCCACCGUAUGGGCAUCCAAGUCGCGAUGGUCACCGGCGACCAACUACCCACCGCCCUGGCAAUCGCCAAACAAUGCGGAAUCCCCAAGUCCCACGUCCACGCGGGCAUCACCCCCGCCGGCAAAAAGUCCCUCGUCGAAAAAUUCCAAAAUGCCGGGCACGUCAUGGCCAUGGUCGGCGACGGGAUCAACGACUCGGCCUCCAUCGCGCAAGCCGACAUCGGCAUCGCCGUCUUCGGCGGUACAGACGUCGCCGUCGAAGCCGCAUCCAUCGUCCUCAUGCGCGACGAACUCUCCGACGUCGUCACAGCCAUCCACCUCUCCCGCGUCAUCUUCCGCCGCAUCCGCAUGAAUUUCGUCUGGGCUACUGGUUACAACCUCGUCAUGGUCCCCAUGGCCAUGGGUCUUCUCUCACCGUGGGGUAUCACUCUACCCGCGAUGGUGGCGGGGAUGGCCAUGUCACUGUCCUCCGUUUCCGUCGUCGUCUCCUCCCUCCUCCUCAAAACCUACAAACCGCCCCAAACCCUCUCCGAAGUCCCCGAAGGCCAACUCCAACUCCCCACCAUAUCGGCCCGCAUCGACAUCGACGCCGGGGACGCUGUCUCGGACGGCCGCGGCGGGUUCAGAGCCGACCGACGGAAGUCAUCGAUGCUGAACGCCGGAUCGGAAUUGAUGGCGAACGUCAGGGAACUCCUGGGAUCGGGCGGAUCCUCGAGACGCAGCAGAUCGAUGAGCCCGAAGCGGAGGGAGUAUGCGCGGUUGCAGGGGGAUGAGGAGCUGGGGAGCGAGGACGAGGAGUUGUUGAAUGCUAUUGAGCUUGCGUGA